GGUGCAGAUCUGCUACUUGCCUCUUAGUUGUACAAAUUCCUUACUGCGGAGCUUCACACAAGUCGGAGAAGAAGUACCGCCUCCAGUGUCUUCAGCCCCCCACCAUAAGGUCUAGAAUCCACGAUGACUUCCCUCGCACGGAGUGCACGCAUUGCUGGCUCAGCACUGAGCCGCUCGAAACCUGUGCCACGCGCAGUUCCAGUACUGCAAAGUCGAUCGAACCAUGACGCAACCAACGGACCUAAAGGAAAUCCACCAGUAGCUGGCCGUGCGCCUCCAGAUGCUCCGCGCGAAGAGGCAGCAGCUCUGAAGGAUAACGUCAAGUCUGCUUCAUAUCUGGGAACCACAAAGAGACUUCCAGAGUUCAAUCUCAACGACAAAGUCGUCUUGGUUACGGGUGCUGCAAGAGGGCUAGGCCUAGUUCAGGCCGAAGCUCUUUUGGAAGCUGGAGCAACCGUCUAUGCUUUGGACAGAUUGUCGGAGCCAAGUCCCGACUUUCACCGCGUACAAGAACGAGCUGCGAAAGAGCUUGGCACAACUUUGCACUACCGCCAAAUCGAUGUUCGUGAUGUGCCGCAGCUGAACGAGAUUGUCCGCAGCAUCUCUGAAGCGCAGGGCAAACUGGAUGGGCUAAUCGCAGCGGCUGGCAUCCAGCAGGAGACUCCUGCGCUAGAGUACUCGGCGAAGGACGCCAACACCAUGUUUGAGGUAAAUAUCACUGGAGUCUUCAUGGCCGCUCAAGCCGUGGCCAAAGAGAUGAUCCGACAUGGCCGUGGCGGUAGCAUUGCCAUGAUCGCUUCGAUGUCGGGAACAGUCGCUAAUAGGGGUCUGAUUUGCCCAGCCUACAAUGCCUCAAAAGCCGGUGUUAUACAGCUUGCACGAAACCUUGCGUCGGAAUGGGGACAACACGGCAUUCGCGUCAACACCAUCUCUCCCGGCUACAUUGUAACCGCUAUGGUGGAAGCUUUGUUCCAGAAGUAUCCAGAAAGACGACGGGAUUGGCCAACGCAAAACAUGCUGGGCAAGCUCAGUGCUCCCGAGGAGUAUCGCGGCGCUGCCGUCUUCCUUAUCAGCGAUGCGUCGUCGUUCAUGACAGGAUCAGAUUUGCGCAUUGAUGGGGGCCACGCUGCAUGGUAAUCGGGAUGUAUGGCUCAUGAAUAGUCGGGCAUUUCUGCGUUCGAGCACGGCGUUGCGAUGAACUGUGGGGCUUAUGCAUAUUUAUUUGUGCCUCGAGGUAGUACGAUUCGAGACAUCG